AUGGCCGACCAAGACGAAGACGUCUCGCAUCUGCGCGCACCUGACCCUGCCGACUACGACCCCACGGAAGAAGCGCAGGAUUUCCUCAAACUCGACAAACUCACUGCCCAAGACACGGCACACCCCACCCUACCCAAGCGCGGCGAAAAGGACUUUGAGAGCCAUGAAACGAACCUCCAGCUCGACACGCUCGAGGCCUCGCGCCGGGCCAUGCACGGCGUCCUCUCGUGGCAGCGCACGCACACGCAGAAAGGCCAUAUCCUCGCCAUGUACGACCCCGAGCGCAACAUGGCAUGCGUCGACAGAGUCCGCUCACAGCACUUCCAGACGAUAGGAACGAACAAGGGAGGAAGAGAGUGGCUGUUGCCGGAAGAAGCCCUGUUCUUGCUGGAGCGAGGCACCUUGGACGUCCGGUGGCCGGUCAAGCGCGAGGUCGGCGACAAGACGGUUUACAGAACCGAAGACGGCGCGCCUAUGAGUCUCCAGUCGGCGUAUGCUGCCUUCAUUGGGUUCGAGCGCGGUGUGGGUGGGAAGCUGACAUUGGAAAUGUACAACGUCUAUGCCGGACUGAAGAGAUCGGGAUACGUCGUCUUUAGGACAGGGACGUGGGACGAUGAUAGAGGGGAUAUCGUACAAGCACCGCCUCCAGCAGCAACACAGCCAUCAUCCCGCCCGAGCAUCGUCACGCGCUUCUUCACCCAAGUCUGGCGGCGCCUAAGCCAGCCCGAACACGCCAUCUCCGCCGAGGCCCUCGCCUUCGGUCCGCUCAUCAAGCCUGGCUUGUAUCGCAGCUACAACGACAUUUACCGCCUUCUCAAACUCACACCGACGCACGAUCGCUCCUCCCCUCCUACCUUCGUCCUCCCACACUCCGCAGACAACCCAUACCGCGUCCACUUCGACGUCUACCGCACCACAGCCCGCUUCAAGAAGUCCGCCCGUGGUCCGCCAGACUUCCGUAUCUGCGUUGUCGACGCGCGCACAACCCCAAUACCCACGGGUGCACAGCUAAACGACCUCAUGGCGCAGGUGCCGGAGGACAGGCCCAAGGAGGAUGGUCAUCCCAACCAGAGGUUAAAGCAUGGGUGCAGGAAUGUAGUGCUCGCCGUCGUGGAUAAUGGCAUACCGAGCUAUCUGCGGGUCGCGGAUAGUCCGUUUGAGGAGGUCAAGAUCUAUGAGAGCGCUUCAGCCUUCGCGGAACCUGUCGAUGAAACUUCCAUCCGUCUCCUACACUUCUCGCGGUCUGAAGAUGGCGUCUUCACUGGCAAGCUACGGCGGUUCCCGAUCGCUGGUGCACCUCACUAUUACACAGCCAGUUAUGUGUGGGGCGAGCGGAAGUACACGGGAGUUACGAUGGAUGUAAAAACCGGAACACUGCCCAUAUUGGACAGUCUUGUGCCCUUUCUAAAGAUGGUUACUUGUCAUAGCGAUUUCAAAGCUAGUGACUGGUGGUGGAUCGAUUCAUUAUGUAUCAACCUCGACGACAGCCGCGAACGCGAGAAACAGGUGCGCAUCAUGGCCGACAUCUACAAGAGGGCAAGAAGAGCGAUAGUAUGGCUUGGUGAAGAGAAAGAGAGAGACAGCGACUGUACAGAUGCAAUCGAAUUCAUGCACUACCUCUCCACUUUACAGAUCGCAUUCAAUGGAGACGACAUUGCUAUGCGCAAAAAGCUUGAGAACCCUGAGUUCACCGAGAAAUGCGCUGCUGUCAGCGCCCUGCUGGCUAGACCGUGGUGGACAAGAGUGUGGACUCUGCAGGAGUUUGUACUCCCGAAAGAGGCGAAGCUGUAUUGCGGCAUGGCGAGCAUUAGCCGCGGAAGGUUCAAGAGUGCAAUCUACAGCAUCUUCCUUUGCAGCACCAUCAGCCAAGACUUUGAACACGAGCUCGUACCGCGGAAGCUAUUCGAUGGAGCGUUCAAUCGUCGUCGCAUUCAUCAAUGGUUCACUAAACCAGCCUCGGUCGGCAUCAAUUUGAUCGCUAUCAUGGCGUAUCUUGGCAACCACUCCGCGACCGACAGCAGAGACCGCAUAUACUCCGUUCUUGGCCUGAUUAGCGAAAAGGAUCGAGAGCUCAUAGGACCCGCCGAAUAUACCACCGACGUUGCGCAUCAAUUUGCGAAACUUGUUCGCUCCUUCUGGCAUGCUCACAAAUCGCUGGACAUUGUUUGCUUCACGCAUCUGUUCUGCCGCCACGCCGCGAUUAGCGAUCCGGGUGCUAAAGACGCAGCACCUACCUGGACUCCAGAUUGGAGGACGGCCAUCGACUUCGCUUCACCUGUGCCGCUCAUGGCAAGCCAAAGUGCCUGCGAACACAUUGGAAACUUCAGGCCGCUGCGGUCGACGCGGUGGAAAGCCUCAUAUGACGCGCCUGGAUCACGCCUGAGGAAAGAAGCAAACGUCUCCUUCUCCGGCGAUCUGAAGGAUCUGUACUGUGACGGUGUCAUCUUAGAUACCAUACAUGGUCUUGGAGGACUUGACGGACAGGAAUUACGAUGCCAGAGCUUCGUGUGUAGCGAGGCUGGUCAUAAGCUGGUGCAGUCGCAACAAGAGCAACGCAGCGCACCAAGAGCUACCAUGUUGCCCAUGGAUUGGCUCGAAUCUAUAGCACGCUCCUUAGUCAUCGACCGCCAGGACAAGUAUCUCUGCUUCCAAGCACCAGUACAUUACAUUACCGACUUCCUCUUCCUUUGCCAUGCGUGCAUCGAUGGCGAUCCAGUCGACUGGAGCUUCUCCACAUGGUUCGAGCAUAACAGAAAGCUACUGUUCGGCACCACAUCCCUAGAGGAUCUGGUGAAGCAGGUACCCACCGAGUUCACAUCGCCACCCCCAACACUCCAUCGACCGCCGUCCCACCCCAUGCACCAGAUGAAUGAUAAGCUCGACACCUUUCUCUCGCGCUUCCACGAUACUGUGCGGAAGAAAGCACGUCGGUUGGUGGUCACUGAACAAGGCUAUGUUGGUGUGGCACCGUGUCGCGCACGGCCGGGCGAUGUUGUUGCUAUUCUUUUCGGGUGCAGCAUUCCGCUUGUCCUGAGGAAGGAGACAAAAGACGCUUGGUGGGUCGUGGGUGAAGGUUUCGUGUAUGGCUAUAUGAAUGGCGAGGUUUUCGACCUGGUCAAGAGCGGGAGGGUCGUCAGGCGUCGGCUGAGGCUUGUGUGA